AGCGACCCCCCAACGUAUGAUGUCAGCUCCUACAAGUGCAGCAUCUCCGAAUAUAUAAAAUGAACGAUCUCACACUAGUUACUCAUUCGUUACUCUACUCACCACGAAUAAGCAUCAUGAUCAAAUACCUGACCAUCGCCUGCGUGCUGGCCGCUGUGUGCGCCGCCGCGCCUCAGCAGGACGUGCAGAUCCUGCGGUUUGACAGCGAUGUGCAACCCGAUGGAUACAGCUUCGCGUACGAAACGAGCGACGGCACCUCCCGCCAGGAGCAAGGCAAGCUUGACAACCCGCAGUCAGAAGACGCCGCGCUCACCGUCACCGGAGAGUACGCCUACGUCGCCCCCGACGGCAAACACUACAAGGUCACCUUCACCGCCGGACCCAACGGCUUCCAGCCUAAGACUUCCCUUGGACAGUAAACGGACUUUCAAAUUGUCGUCUAAAUGGAUGCAAAACC